UUCUCUUAAAAGUGCCGUGCCACUGGCCGAGUCCGUUCAGUCGAUUUCUGUCGGCCGUGCCGCCCACACGCAGUUCGCUUUGCAGCCAGCAGUUUUUAGCCAACUUGCUUCAGAACCAGCCAGCUUCUACAGUCGAAUCGCGUCAUUAAUCGCAUCGUGUGCUAGGCCCCCAAAGAAUUUGAUUUCCCAGCAACGCGCGCACUUUUCCGGAUAGCUCUGAUUACGGCUUUGUGUUUCCGCUUUAUCGCUUCGACUCGGAUACCGCUCCGGUGCUUUUAGUUUUGAAUAUUUACUUUUGCUUAAGCCCCUCGUUUUCGGUGUCAAAAGGCUACUCCCAGUCCCCGGCGAUAAGCGAACAUUGUGCGACACAAGAGUGAAUUACAAAUCAAUUGAAAGAUAGCCCUGUCUGGCAGCAAGACAUAGAGUCGCAGUUGAAAAGUGAAUCAGUAGUUCGCCCAAAAACUUUAUAAAAAAAAACCCGCAUGAGUAACAGCGCCAUGGUGGCCGUGGCCAUUUGCUGCAUCCUCGUCCUGCUGGCCGUCUUCAUUGUGAUCAUCAUUGUGGUGGGCCAGACGAUCGAGGAGCCCAAGUGAGACAUGCUCCAGCUGGGACCUGGCAACUUCCCAGAUGGAUAACAGAGGCCUCAAAAUUGUUAGUUGCCGCCACCCCCAAUCCCAA